AUGGUCACAUCGGGCAUCGGCAAGGAGCAGAUCGAGGAGCCCCUUGGAGAGGCCCUCCCGUUCCUCGGUGGAUGCCCGCUCGGAGCUCAAGGCAUCGAUAAGGGGCAGAUCGAGGUGCCCUUCGGUGAGGUCUUCCCGCCCCUCGGAGGCGCGUAUGGCAAGGGAGGAGCAGAUGGUACGGCAGAAGAGUGCGCCAAGCCGAGGCCACCGCAGCAGCCGGCUCAGCAGGCUGGCGGGCUGGCACAGGAGGUGCUAUCGCGGGAGCAGCUCCGCCUGUACCGCAGGCGGGGUCGCAUCAGCCAGCGGCAGGCGCAGAUAGCACAGGCGCUGGCGCCAAUGCAGGGCUCGGAAGAAGCAGCAGCAGGCGCUGCAGCAGAAGGCGGCGCAGACUCCACCCUGGAGUUCGUGAGCGUCGCUUUGGACGAGCAGGAGGUCCCCACGGACGACGACGCGGGUCUGGUUGCAGUGCAAGCUGCAGCCAAGGCGGCUCGCAAUUACGAGAAGCGGAUGAGGAAGAAGGAGCGCAAAUCCAUGGUGCUGCAGCGGGACCUCCACAGGCCUGGGUGGCACCACGGCGGGGAGGCGGGGCAGGCACCGGACGACAUGGCGGCCGCGAGCACCGCCGCCGCGGCCGCGCGGGCGGGGCCCCCGGGCGCCGCGGGCCUCCCGGGCGCUGCCGCGGAGGAGGCCAGCGAGCCGGCCGCCUGCGGCCAGGCGCCGGCGCUCGCGGCGGACGCCGCCGGCCCCUCGCAGGAGACGUUGGGCGACAGCCAGCCGCCGACUGCGCCCGGGGCGCCGCCGGCCCCGCCGCCCGUCGCGGGCGGCGCGCCCAUCGCGUGCUCGGGCGCCGCCGCAGAGGCUGGCGGGGCCGAGUCCGAGCCGCCGCGCUGUGCCUCGCUGCCCUCGCCGGGCGCGCCCAGCAUGCCCACGACCGCCGAGGCGGCGGCGCAGGGCGCCGAGGGCGCCGCUAUCGGCGCCAGCGCGGCCGACGCCGCGUGGGCGGGCAGUGCCGAGCUGGAGGCCGCCGCGGCCUCGCCGGGCGCCGCCGACCCCUGGCAGGACGUGCCCAUCCUCGCGGCGGCGGGGCCCCUGCUGGCGGCAGCCUCGCAGGGCGCGGCGGAGCCCGCAGAGCGCGUCCCGUCGGAGCAGGACCUGCCCCUGCCCGCGGCGCCCGCGCCCACGGGGCCGGCGGAGCGCAGCCCAGCCGAGGAGGGCGUGCCCCCGCCGGCGGCGCCCUCGCAGGGGGCGGCGGCGCCUUCAGAGUGCAUCCCCGCGGAGCAGGACGUGCCCAUGCUGGCGGCGCCCCCGCCGGCGGCGCCCUCGCAGGGGGCGGCGGCGCCUUCAGAGUGCAUAACCGCGGGGCAGGACGUGCCCAUGCUGGCGGUGCCCCCGCCGGCGGCGCCCUCGCAGGUGGCGGCGGAGCCUUCAGAGUGCAUCCCCGCGGGGCAGGACGUGCCCAUGCUGGCGGUGCCCCCGCCGGCGGCGCCCUCGCAGGGGGCGGCGGAGCCUUCAGAGUGCAUCCCCGCGGAGCAGGACGUGCCCAUGCUGGCGAUGCCCCCGCCGGCGGCGCCCUCGCAGGUGGCGGCGGAACCUUCAGAGUGCAUCCCCGCGGGGCAGGACGUGCCCAUGCUGGCGGUGCCCCCGCUGGCGGCGCCCUGCAUGCCACCAGCGGAGGAGACGUGCCUACGCCGGCGGCGCCCACGCCGGCGGCGCCGUUGGCCGCGC